CCGUUUUACGCGGUACAGGCGAAUUCGCGUGCGAAAUGGCGUUUGAUUCGUCGCGCGAACGACGCUCCUCUUGUGCCAGUGACGCUUGAGUGAGUUCAAGGUACAACCAAUCCGAUCCGUCCAAUCGUUCUUCGCGCAUCGAGGAUGAUCGCCUAAAUCUCGGUGCGAAACGGGUUAGCCAAGAGCAGUCGCGGUGCAUGGUGCGGGUGUCGAGGCGGUUCCGGGGUCUCGAACGAACUGUAAAGGUGACAUGAGACGACGCAAAGUGAACUCCUUCCCCGUGGACCACGGGUCCACGAUGUAACGGACUCGAGAGACAAGGGGGACAUGGACAUUUCCGAAGACUCGAGAGACCAUCGUCCUGUCGCGUAUCGUCGUGCGUGCGCGCGUGUAGCGUCGUUUCCAGGGUAAAACCGUCGCGAUGAGAACGCCGAGAAGAGUAACGAGGAUGGACGAAUUCGUGAAAUAGCCCGGUGAAGAGGCGAGCGAGCGAGCGAGCGAGCCACGCCAGGCCACGACGAGCUUCACAGCUGCAGCUGCAAAACGAAAAUGUCGUGGGCCAGGAUAGUCAGUGCCGCUCAACUGGCGGCCGCAGUGGCUGUCAUGCUGAGGAUUCUGUUCGCGUCCGCCGAUUCGAUCGCUCAAACGGACGAGCCGACUUACGAGCAGACCACCUACACGAUGCCUAUGUCCUCCACGGAGAACGACAGCGACGUUUGUCGAGUGCCAACGAAACCAUUAAAUCUCUCGUCUCAUGACAUCACUUCCACCACCAUCGAACUGUCAUGGGCCGAGCCGGAUAGCGCUAAUGGAAUCAUUUUGGGUUAUCGUAUUUACUACAUACGUUCCAACUACACCGACGUCCAAAUGUACAAAACCGACGAGUACGAUGGACCGGUCAUCAAAUUCGUUUUAAAGAACCUGGAACCGUAUACCGAAUACAAGAUAUGGGUGAAGGCGUACACGUGGAAAAACGAGGGCGAACCAUCGGAUCACAUAAUUCGUCGGACAGACAUCGCAGGACCCAGCGCUCCAUUGAUUUUGAACGUGACGUGCCCGACCCACGACUCCGUGUACAUCCAAUGGGCCAGGCCAAAUGCCUUCUGGGGCUCCAUCGACUACUAUUUCAUCAACUAUCGAAUCGAGAGCGGGAAACGUUACGAGGAAAUAGAAGUAGUCGCGGAGAAAAAUCAUCUGGAGAGCGCCACGAUCAUACCGAACCUAACGAUGAACAGCGUGUACGAGAUCGUGGUUCGUGGAGGCACGCGGAGCGCAAUCGACAAUCGAGUGAUCAUACACGGAGAAGGUUCUCUUCCACGGAAAGUGCGGGUCAUUCAGGAUUGCGACAGGACUCCGCCGUUGUUACCACACAGCACCAGAGAGCUUAGCAGCGGCGUAAUCGCUGGAAUGAUCUGCGCCUGUGUGGCGGUGAUGCUGAUGAUCACAUCCUUCAUCUUAUGGAAGCCUUGCCUGAGGCCAAUUUUCAGGAAAUGCUUCCACACGGCGUACUACUUCCUCGACUAUCCGCCGCGCAGCGUGCCGACUCUUCAGGAAUGGGAGAACAGCGAACAGGAUGGAGAACGGACGGCGGUUGCUAUUCAAAAGUUCGUGCAACAUGUCGCCAGCUUGCACGCUGACGGGGACAUCGGAUUCAGCAAGGAGUACGAGUUCAUUCAGUCGGAGAGUGGCAAAUUCACCGCGGAGAAUUCACAAUACGUCGAGAACAAAGCGAAGAAUCGAUAUCUGAACAUAUUGGCCUACGAUCAUACUCGGGUACAGCUGUUAUCGUGCGGUGGAGGGCCACCCAAAAAGGGUCAUGAUUACGUGAACGCGAAUUACAUCGAUGGUUGGCAACGUACACGCGCGUAUAUCGGUACACAGGGUCCAUUACCGCCCACUUUCGACGGAUUUUGGCGCAUGGUUUGGGAGCAGCGAGUCUCGAUUGUCGUGAUGAUUACCAACCUGGUGGAACGUGGUCGUAAAAAGUGUGAUAUGUACUGGCCUAAAAAGGGAUCCGAGACUUAUGGAUACAUUCAGGUGACACUGCUGAGAGAAGACGUGAUGGCAACCUACACCAUUCGCACUCUACAGAUUCGCCACUUAAAGGUCAAAAAGCGGAAGAACGGAGUCAACAUGGGAGAACGUAUUAUAUGGCAAUACCAUUACACCGGAUGGCCAGAUCAUGGGGUGCCAGAACAUCCGUUACCAGUUUUGAGUUUCAUUCGAAAAUCUUCCAACGCCAACCCACCCGAUGCUGGACCGAUCGUUGUCCAUUGCAGCGCUGGUGUCGGACGCACCGGUACCUACAUCGUCAUCGAUGCAAUGUUGAAACAAGCCAAGUGCAAAAACGAAGUGAAUGUGUUUGGCUUUUUAAAACACAUUCGCACGCAGCGAAACUUUUUGGUACAAACCGAAGAACAGUACGUGUUCAUCCACCAUGCUUUACAAGAGGCCAUCGAGAGCGGUGAAACCAAUAUUGACGCUAAUCGCUUGCUAGAGUACGUACAAGACAUGCUAAAUCCUAACAACAGCAAUACCGACGCGUGGAACAAUCUUGAAGCACAAUACAAGUUGGUGACUUCGUGGAAACCGAAGGAGUUCAAUCUGGUGUCCGCGAUCAAACCAUGCAACGUGCACAAGAAUCGCAAUCAAGACGUAAUUUCCAUCGAGACUGCUCGUGUUCACCUAACACCGAAGCCCGGGAUCGAUGGAAGCGACUACAUCAACGCUACAUGGAUUGCUGGCUUCCAUCGCAAUCGCGAAUUCAUCAUCACUCAACACCCCAUGGAAAACACCAUCAUGGAAUUCUGGCAGAUGAUGUGGGAUUACAAUGCUCAGACUGUCGUCAUGCUGACGGAAUGCGACGAUGAGUAUCCUGAAUUUUGGCCCACCGAGGGUAAAGACUUGGAGUCGGAAACCUUCCGCGUACGAUCCUGCGGGAUCAAAGAAACAGUUAGCGGGAUGAUCUUGCGCGAAGUCGCGGUCCGAUCUCUACAAGACGAUUACGAAUUGAGUGCCAAAAUCGUCCAAGGACCGCGAUCUCAGCCCGGCUUCUGGCCACACAACACCAAUCCCCGACCAUUUGUCACUUUGAUCCAUGAUUUGCAUCGGGACUACCAAAAUGGUCCUAUCGUGGUGAUGGACAGGUACGGUGGUGUCGAGGCAGCUAUUUUCGUCCUUCUUACGACGCUGAACAAACAAUUAGAAUUCGAGAAGACUGCUGAUAUUUAUAUGUUCGCGAAACUGCUGUACAUGAAACGGCCCGGAGUCUUCCGAUCAAAGGAGGAUUACGCGUUGCUAUAUCAAUGUCUGGAGACCACGCUGUCGUCGAAAGGUCACGACGAACCGGAUCUAUACUCGAUGGCCAACGGUCACGUGUCCACGAUAACGGAUCCGACGGACGUGCCGACCUCGUCGAUGCAACACAUGCAGGUGGAUUAUUCUCCGAAACCCACGAUGAUCAGGGAGUACGCGACCGUGGAGGUGAACUCCAUAUCCGACUAUUCCAUUCCGAUCCGGGUGGAUCACUCGAUGGAGCCAUGCAGUAGCAGAAGCAGCGAGAACUGUUUGUUCAGCCACACCGCGAACGAACACGAGAAAAAUAUCGUACUGACCCAUCGGAACGUCAGCUACCACAAUCAUCCGGGCAGCGUUUCCGUGAUCGUCGAUGCGAACGGCUACGUAACGAACGGCAGCAUGCGUGUGCCACCAGAAGGUAUGGAGACGAGCUGCAAGAUGUUGCCACAAUGAUGCCUGCCGAUCUUCGGUUGCAGUGUUACCUCGAGCCGGUCCGAGCCGCUGUAACCGAUCGAGCUCCUCACUGCCCGAAGUGUAAUCCUGAUUCUGCCAUAGCGCAAGGAGUUCCACAUUGGACACGUCUUCGCACAAACGGAAGGACGGCGACUCGAACCUAGGAACGGCCUGAAAAUGGCUUUCG